UUUCCCCGAUCAUCUUUUAAAAACAAACACUUUUUUACAGUACAGUAAAACACGAUCGUCGAAAAACAACAACGGGCAUUUAAAUAACGUCAUUUCCGGAAGUAGGCGUGUUUUAAAUGGUGAACUCACUGAAAAUAACAAAAACAAACACUACGCCAAGGUGUUCAGGGGAAAUGGAUUUGCAGCAUAUGACCAAAGGUAAACCCGUGGUAACAAAGGAACAAAGGAGGAGGAGGCAUGUGAUCUGAAGUGUUGCUGAAAACAGGGCUCUCUUCUUUGGUCUCUGCGAGAUCAGAGAACUGUGACCAUGGAGUCUUCCUUUGAUGAAGAGGAGGUGCGCACCUUUGUCCAAGUCGUCAGUGAGAAGUACAACGCUGAUAAUUUCCCUUAUGGCCACGGCGUGGGAAUAGUGAUCCUGCCCAGUCCUCCAGGUUCACCUGUGAAGGAGCACCUGUUCCUGCCCAGCAGUGUGGUUGUAAACAACUGUGGAAUCAGGAAAGCCGGAGACAAGUCAUACAUCGCAACUCUGUGUGCCCACGUGAUGGAGCUGGACCUGUCCCAUAAUCAGCUCGACGACUGGGCAGAGAUCUGCUCCAUCGUUUCCAACAUCCCCCACCUGGACUUCCUCAACCUGAGCAUGAACCCGCUGAGCGGCGUGGAGCUGGAGCCCAGCAUGGCCGACAUUUUCUCCAGGGUGCGACAGCUUGUCCUGAUCAACACGCGCGUCAGCUGGGAGACGGUGCACACGCUGACGCGACACACGCCCGAGCUGGAAGAGCUUUUCCUGUGCCUGAAUCAGUACAACACUGUGUCCGAAUCCCCAACGUCCUGUCCGUCGCUACGCCUGCUGCAUAUUUCAGACAACCUGCUACAGGACUGGACAGAAGUGAGGAAGUUUGGUCUGAUGUUCCCGUGUCUGCGGACACUGGUGUUGGCCAACAACGGCAUUGAAACUGUGGGCGACUCUCAGGAAACGCUCCAGCGCCUUUUCCCCAACCUGCGCAGCAUCAACCUCACCAACUCAGGGCUGAGUAAAUGGGAGGACAUUGAAAGGCUGAAUUUCUUCCCAAAGCUGGAGGAAGUCAAAGCAAAGGGGAUUCCUUUAUUGCAGCCCUACAGCGACCAUGAGAGACACAGCCUCCUUUUAGCACAGCUGCCGUCUGUCAUGGUGCUUAACGGGGGCGAGGUGUCGAAAGAAGACAGAGAAGCCGCCGAGAGGUUCUUCAUCAGGUACUACCAGGACUGUCCGCAGGAGGAGCUUCCCCCGAGAUACCACGUCCUGGUGUCCAAGUACGGUCACCUGGCCCCGCUGGCGGACGUAGACCUGCGUCCUCGCCGCACCGUAGUGGACGUCCGCUGGGGCGACCGCGUGGUGGCGGUGAGUUUACACUUGGAGCACACGGUGGCGGAGCUGAGGAAACAACUCCGAGCUCUGCUGCAGCUGCCCAACAACGGAAUCAGGCUGUUCUUCAUCAGCCGGGAGAUGUGUUCAGUGGUGGGACCCGAGGAGCUCAAGAGCGGCGCGCGGGCUCUGCACUCCUACAGGAUUCGAGACGGAGACGAGAUUCUGGUCGUGCCUAAAGACAAAAGCCGCUGCAGCUCCUCACAUAUCUGAGUCGAGACCUUUUUGAGAGAUUCAACAAUAGGAUGGGUUUGGUUUUUUUGUCCAGCCUUGAAUGUAAAGGAUGUUUGCUAUCCCAUCAUAAUGAACAAACAAUUACACAAUAGUAUAUUUGCACAUACAGUAGGAGUCAUAUUUCUCACAGAGUUUAUCCCUUUUAAGUGGAUGCCGCACGCUCGUUUACGACUCAUUUAUGACGUUAGUUAUGCAAAAAAAACAGAUGCUGUGCAUGUGGAUCUCUAAGAGGAAGAACCGACGCCUGCCCGGAUAAUAAUUGACCGCACAAAUUGCACGUUGAAGCCACUUUAUAAUUGGUGUUCGUCAAUUAAAAUUGACCCCAAACCCCACCCCCACCAGUCCUAUCAAGCAAAAAUAAUAUAAUUACUAUUACUAGUGAACAGUGCAUUUUUUUAUGCUUAGCAUUUGACAGAUUGGGUGAUAAAGCCAACACAGUGGGAAACAACACACCAUAAUGUUUACGGGCAAUCUGAAUUUACCAACCACAAAGUCCACGACUUUACAUUUUUUGGACGUUGAUGUUGCCAAGAAUUAGUGUCGCGAGCACCUCACAUAACAUAUAUAAUGACACGUGUAGAUGAAAUAAUAAUGUAUGUUUUUUACAUUUUCACGACAGGCUGCAAUUUUUCUAAACCUUUAUCAAAGUGGAGCAGAGGCUCCUUUGUGCUGCCUUUACAUAGGAAACGAAAUACAUCCAUUUUUAAAUGACGUAACUUGACAGCCCACGAACUUGAAUACGUCCUUUUUAGAGGAGAUUUCUUUUUUUUAGGAAAUUGUGAUGAUGUGCCUCAUAGGAAAGAGGCAAAAUGAUCACGCUGUUGUUGUCAAGUUUCUUACCAACUCACAACGUUCUACCAUUGCUGAAAUUUGUCCCUCGUGUCUCUCGAAGGAUUUUCUACAUUGCUUUCCUAUCAUUUCUGGUGUUUCUGCACCGUUUGUGUUUAGAGGAAGGUGUGAAAAUGGACAAAAUGAGUGCAGGGAAGAGAAAAGGAAGCUCUGUAUGUUUCCAUAUACAUAUCUAAAGUUGAGCCUUAGAUUUGCUGAUGAUGAUUUUCUGGAGAAACACGAGGCAAUAUUCUGUGUUGCAUGACACUCGUGUGAGCAUUUUGUGACGUGUUUGGUCGUAAGCGCACCAUUAUUAGGUUUAGGGUUGAGUUUUUCCUCUUGACUCGAGCAGCCUUUAAGCUUAUGCUCAGAAGCAGCAUGUCUGGAAUGAGGUCUUGUGGUUCAGCAGUCCAUGAACGGAGCAGCUCUCCGUCUCCGCACCAGAGGCAGCUGAGUCUGUGUGGUAACCGCACACCAGCCACGGUGUCACGGGACACUUCCGCUGCCUUUAGGUUAGAAUGGGUUCAGCCCAUUGGCUCUGGCCUUAACAUGACUCCCACAAACCUGACACUUCUGGUGUCUGCUGUUUCACAGGUUGUGGGGGUCUGUAGUGACUCAAGACCAGCAAAUAUAGAUUAUACAGUCAGUAUGAAGGAGUUUUUAUGUCACCCAUCAGUGCUAAAGUAUGUAUAAAACAGCAGCACAGAUAGUGUGUAGUAAAGCUUGUUGUUAUUGUGGUUUUCUGGAGAUAUUCGUAAUAGUUUCUGUGUGUGGUGCAAGCUGGUCAUUUGGUCCAGCGUCGCACAAAGGCAAAGUCAUUAGCUGCUGUUGUGCACUGCGGGUGCGUCGUUUACUACACCUCUGAAUGUUCGUGGUCGCCUCGAGUGCAGGUUUUGUCUCCAUGCAGGCAGGAAAUAGUGGAAACAAAAGCCUGUCACCGUGUGGAAUAAGCCACUUUCUACUUCUCCGUUAAAAAAAAGCCAAUGGUAGCCCUUUAAAAUAAAGCAUCGCCGACAUGCUCUUCAUCAAAUCCAGCCCCGUUCUCUUCCACAAAGCGGAAAAGCUGCAAGCCACGAGUAUUUUUUCUGUGAGGGCUUCGUAGCUUAAUGUGCUAAAUUAAAUGUAUUUUGAUGGUGUUUCCAUGCAUGCAAAGAUGUGUUCUGGCAAUGUGCAGCACUCAGUGAGCUUUAACGUGUCCCCCACUGUGACUUUUCAGCCGUGUAUUAUCAAAAAGUCAUGUUGUUGUCCUUCGACAGCCGUGAGACCUGAUUUUUGUAGUAGAUAACUGGAGAUGUGGGGUUUCUUCUGUCCUGACUCCCUUGCAUUAUAAUAUUCUAAUAUGACAGAGUGGAUACAUGGGAAAUAUUGGGCGUGAGUGUUUGUGUUUGUGAAGCUGAUGCCAGCGUUGGUUUGCAUGUAUCUGGUGUUUUAAUGUGUGUGUGAGACGUGUCAUUUCAGGGAAACAAAGGUGUGUAUGGGCAUAUGUAGUUUUGACGUUUUAAAAAAAGUGUUGGUGCUUGGUUCAUUCUCGCCUCUGUCCUUCAGUAAUACCAAAUACAGAGAUUAUUAUUAUUAUUAUUAUUCCUUUUAAAAAAAAUUAAAAAAAAAUCUAUAAAAGCAGUUGCUAAUCACUUUGCCAUGUGGUGUUUGGUAUAUUGUGUCUUAUUUAUGUUCACACUUUCUUCUGUUUCUCAUGUGUAUAUUGACAUUUUCAAUGGUAAAGUCUGGUUUGCUUUCUUGACGUUGUGCCAUUUCCAACCUCAACUGUAUAAAUUAUGCUUUCACUGCUCUUAAAGAAAUAAAUUAUAAUAAUUA